AUGUUGCGUCAACAGAAGAGUACCCGCAGCAUCAUCUUUGCCCGAAAGGUGAGGACAGUUGGUGUUGGCUAUCAAAGAGAUUCCAAAACAUACAAACAUAAAAAUGGUAUUCCAAAGCCCAUUGUUGAGUUGGUUGAGCCUAUAUUUGAUGAUUUGGCUGACCCAGCUUUGUUAAAGAAAUGCACCCAUGGCUUGACCCAGAAUCCGAAUGAAUGUUUGAACGGGAUCAUCUGGGACAGAUGUCCAAAGACUACAUAUGUAGAGCAGGAAACUGUAGCUCUUGCCACCUACCUAGCAGUCCUAAAGUUUAAUGAUGGGGACAUAUCAUAUCUUAAAAUUCUGGAAGACUUAGAUAUAACGCCUGGGUUCUUCACUUGUAAAGGUGCCAAAGACUGCGACAGAGCGAGGAUCAAGCUGUCGGCCAGAAAGAGCUCAGAGAAAGUCAAGUCAAGAAGGAAAUCACUGAGACACUUCAGGAAAAAGUUUCUGGAUAAUGCUGAGGACAAGGAAGGGGUAACAUAUGAAGCAGGUAGCUUCUAAACCUUUAUGUUGUGAGAAAAGCAUGAACGAAAACUUUAGAUUGGAUUUUCUCAUUUUCACAAUUUGGCAUGUGUAAGUGAUCUUUGUGACACUGUAAUAUUGUAACUAUUUACUGCAGGGAGUUGAUAUUUGGCAUACUUACUAACUGUAACAUCAUCUAUUAUGUGAAACUCUUCAAUUUUCAAUACUAAUCAUCCUUAAUGAAUUAUAUGCGAAUUUCCUUCAUAAUUGCCGGAUUAAGAGUUGCAAUAAUUGAAAAAUUCCAAAAUAUGGCUCUAAUUUUUUUUUAAAGAUAUUUCAAGAAAAUUGAAGAGUUUCACAUAAUAGGUCAGGUUCUAAUCUUUUCAAAAAUAUAUUAUUUAUUUUAUUCUGAUGACUGGUUCUUGAGAUAUAAUGUUUACGAUGCUAAGCAAUUACAGGUUAAUUAAUGGCCGCCAUAUUGGAUAAUUAGUGUAAUUAAUGACUUUGUGAAAAAAAUUUUGCAUUGGUCAUUUUCUGUCACCUGUCACUUUCAGAAAAUAAUAUUUUUGCAUAAAUCUACUUAAAAAUGAAAAAAAAAGUUUCAAGAGGAGAUGACCAUAAUGAAGCAAAGAGAAUUUGAAGUUAUUCAAAUUUUCACUAUCAGUAUUUAAUUUCAGGUGGUAAUAAUAUUUGCAUCGUAUUUUUGGAAGUAAUCAUUAGAAUUUGUAGUAGUGGCUUUAUCUGUAGAAUCAUGAUUAAAAAGAUCGUCUAG